AAGGACAAGCAGGACAGUUCAGGUAGUUUGGAAGCUGUCAGCGAUCCCAUCCCGCAGCCGAUGCCAUUUCCACCCACUGCUGUGCGACCAGGCUCUCCUAAACUAGACCCUUCAGAAGUCUACCUGAAGUCUAAGACUAUAUAUGAGGACAAACCUCCAAACACAAGAGAUUUGGAUGUUUUCCUGCGAAAACAAGAGUCAGGCUUUGGUUUCCGGGUGCUUGGAGGGGAUGGACCAGAUCAGCCUAUUUAUAUUGGAGCCAUAAUCCCGUUGGGAGCAGCAGAAAAAGACGGCAGGCUUCGAGCUGCGGAUGAGCUGAUGUGUAUUGACGGAGUCCCUGUUAAAGGGAAGUCGCACAAACAAGUUUUGGACUUAAUGACCAGUGCUGCACGGAAUGGUCAGGUGCUGCUCACAGUCCGGAGGAAGAUCUUCUUUGGUGGGGAGAAGCAACCAGAGGAGGAGGAGUCGCAGCCUGUCUUGACGCAAAACGGCUCUCCCCGACUGAAUCGGGUAGAGUUUGCAAACCAGCAGUCCCCAGAGGUCUAUGAUGUCCGUCUGCAGCGGAAGGAGAACGAAGGAUUUGGCUUCGUCAUCCUCACCUCCAAGAACAAACCUCCUCCCGGCGUGAUUCCUCACAAGAUCGGGCGAGUUAUAGAUGGGAGCCCCGCUGACCAGUGCGGGAAGCUGAAAGUGGGAGACCGUAUCUCAGCGGUGAACGGUCAGUCGAUCGUUGAGCUCUCGCAUGACAGCAUAGUGCAGCUGAUCAAGGACGCUGGCAACGUGGUGACGCUGACUGUCGUGGCUGAGGAAGAACACCGUGGUCCUCCAUCAGGAACAAACUCUGCCAGGCAGAGUCCAGCUCCGCAGCACCGGCCGCUGGGACCAGCACAGAUCAACCCUCCCAGCGCAGACAGGGGAGCUACAGAAGGUGAAGCUGGAAAAGAUGUUUCAAAUAGUUACAGGCUUUCCUGGCCCGAGCAUAAGCACUUGACACAGUCCGAUGCUGCUGUUGCUUCAGUUGUUGGUAGCCGUCAUUCCCAGGUACAGAAUCCUGGCUGUUUCCCAGUAGAGUUGGAAAGGGGCCCUCGAGGGUUUGGAUUCAGCCUUCGAGGAGGAAAGGAAUACAACAUGGGCUUAUUCAUCCUUCGACUUGCUGAAGAUGGGCCGGCCGUCAAAGACGGGAGAGUACAUGUUGGUGACCAAAUUGUUGAAAUUAAUGGAGAACCCACCCAAGGAAUCACUCACACACGAGCCAUUGAGCUGAUUCAGGCUGGAGGGAAUAAAGUUCUGCUGCUGCUGAGACCAGGGACUGGCUUGAUACCAGAUCACAGUUUGGCUCCUUCCAGCCUGUGUCCCUACGUGAAACCUGAGCAACAUUAAGGGCUUUCAGUGCUUUUCUUGGUUUUUCCUUAAAGACUUGGUGAUUGGGAUAGUUAUAAUCCAUCUUCAUCAAAUGUAAUAUAUGAAGAACAGUCACCAUUAUCUUCAUCUUCACAUUCUGCUUCCCCAUCUGAAGUGUGUUAUUUACCAGUACCAGGAGAAGCUUUAACAAGAGUUCAGCUGUCUGAGAAACUGGAACAAGCAAAGAACACUGUGCCUGAAAAGAUAAGCACUUUAACUGAAAACCAGUUUGAGAUGAAGCCUCUGUCUUCUCCCAAGAGAACAAAGAACAGAUGGGAAUGUCCCUCCAGCCCUGGGUUUGAAAUCACAAAA